AUGGGUAGUGCUAAGAGAAGGCGUUUCCCUAUCAUCGCACCACUGAAACGCAUGAAGGCUAUAUUCUCGGCGAUAAAGCCAGGGAGAAAGAGUCGAGCAGAACAGAAAGCAGAUAUAAGAGAUAGACAGAUGACAGCAGAACACCAAAAUAUGCAAUAUAAUGUUCUACAUAAUGAACACCUACAAGAACAACUAAGGAAAUUACAACAAGACCAACAAGAACCAGAACAUCAAGCACCAGAAGAACAACUACAACAACUAAUACUACAACAACAACGACUAUUACAACAACAAGGCCGAGAAAAACAACAAAAAAUACAACAACAAGAAAAUGAACAACAACUGGAACAACAACAAAUAGAUGAACAGCAACAGCAAAUAGAACAGCAACCAGAACAACAACUAGAACAACAACUAGAACAACAACAGCAACAAAUAGAACAACAACAAGAACAACAACAACAAAUACAACAACAAAUACAACCACAAUAUGAUGCUGAAGGCCCCCAGCAACCACAGCCUCCUCAGGGUGCUGGUGACGAGACAAUGGAUGCAUUUCAACAACAAUAA